AUGUUGAAAGAACUGAAAGAAGUAGAGAAGCGAAUCAAGCGGAAGAAGACUCAGUUCAUGAAGACGCUUUCCGCAAGGUAUAUCACUGAAGCGAAGAAGAUGUUGAAAGAACUGAACGAAGUAGGGUUGCGAAUCAACUGGAGGAAGACUUGGUUCAUGAAGAACGCUUAUUGCAAGGACCAGGGAAUGGAAUUACAAAGCUUUCCCAUCGCAGAGGCAUCUUCUUUUGGGCGUUCGAUGAACAUGGAAAACGAUUUGAAAAGGAACGAAACAAGAGGUAAAGCAGCUUGGUGCGCUUUCGAGCUCCUAAAGGAAGCCACAAACCGACUAAAGGACCCAAUGCUCCGAGCCCUCCUAUUCCAUUCCGCCGCUCUCCCUGCGCUCUGUUCCGCGCCAGAAACGCAGCAUGACACAGUGGCUACUUCGGCUCUUCAGACAACUCAUAGAGUGUUGGAACAGUCUUCUAAAGCAAAACCGACGCGCUCAACAUAUGUCGGACAUUGCAGUUCAGAUAUGAGAACAUGUUUGUCUUCGUGA